UUACUAUCCAACUACCUUAAACUUGGAACUUGGAAGGCUUAUGUGAAUGCCGUGAUCGCAAAUGAGUCUAUAAAGAAAUAACUUCUAAAUGUCAUUGGGGGAUUAAUGCUAAAAUCAUUACAGAAUGAAUGGCAUUAACAUGCAUUUUUCAUAUUUCCCCUCUGAUGUGUACUUUUUGCCCCUGGUGUUUGUAUCAAUUGAUUCAUAUGGAAUAUGGGUAAGAGUGAUGAAAUAUGACAUAGAGAAUUAUUCUUUUUUUUAAAUACUGCCUGGUUUACAGCCUAAGGAAGAAACCAAUUUAAAGAGUUUUAUUGCAAGUUUUAUUGCAUUGAGGUCCAAGCUUAGUGUCUGGAUCAACCCUGUCUUGGUUAAGAAUCGUUUUUCUUAGAACUUAAACCCAAUCGCAGAACAAUCAUAUACAGCAACAGUUUUUCAAGAAUUAUAUUUUUAAAGCAAAACAAACACAAAGUGUUGCUGCUUGCAACUUUCUCUGCCGAUUGGUCCCCUGCAUCAUUUACAUGGUACGGUCCGUUGUCUAGGUGAUAGCAGAAGCCAAUUCACUCCGCCACGCCUGUCCACGGCGGUUACUGGUCCACUUCGCCUUUCGAAAGGUGAGCACCACGCACGUUGCAUUCCCAGGUUCUCCGACGCGAAUGAGUUCACCUUGAAGCAGGAGCCUUCAGUCGCCACAGCGGAACCCUCACGGCGGCAAACCCGUAGGUGCCAAGCGGACACCGGAGAAAGCUACGGCUACCGCUAGCGAGCUACUAGCGUUAGCUGCGCCCAAAGGAACUCUGGAACUAACGGGAAGUUUGAAGACUUGCUGUUCUUUGCUGUAUCAUUUCAAAAGGACAUCUAUGGAAUACGACGGAGGCUAAAAAUGGUGUUUGGUAUGAGAGCGUUCACUUUUGAGGAAAAAGUUCAUCAUCCACAGAUGCUGCUUCAUCAUAGUUGAUGUCAGACCAUGGAUCAUGAAGAGGUGAGAACAGAGCUGGACCAGAUUUCCAUGCGGCUCCAGGAGGAUGGCUUGCCUCCAGAUGCCAGUGUGGAGGAGCAGCAGCGCCACCUCUGGCAGGAGCUGCUUGCCAGGGAGGCAAAGCUCCAGUCUGCCACCCAAGAGCUGCUGGCCCUGCGCACCCAGCAGGCCAGCGAAAUGAAAGAGGUGGAAAGCUAUGUUGCACAUAUUCGAGGGCUGCUGGAGCAGCGAGACUCUGUGACUUCAGAUUACGAGAGAGACAAUGAACCCUUGCGACAAGAGCUUCUCCAGAUCAGACAACAUCAAGAGAAUCAGAGCAAGGAGCUGGCGGAGAUGUUGGCUCAGGAGGACCUCGGGGAGAUCGGUUCGUACAGCCCUAGUGAGCAGGUGGCGUACUUGCUGGUGGAGAGGGCCACACUUCUGGAGAGGCUCGAUGCUGCUGAGAGGACACUGGAAACUGAGAGUCUCACCCUCAACUUUGGGGAAGUCCACAACCAGGAGCACAUUGGCCACACGAUGGGGGAAGAGCCAAGUCAGCAGAGGGAGGAUAUGCAGAAAACUCUAGAUACCCUGACGAAGCAGUGUUCAUCCCAGAGUCCAUGGAAGAAGCUCUUUGGUUUACGCAGGUCUGGUCAGAGCAAACACAAUAUUACCCCUGCCCAAGGUGAGCAGAUAUCCCAGGAGCGGAGGGAGCGCCAGCGGCUGGAGCGGGACCUUGAAGAGGCGUCUAGGAGGCUGGCGAUGGCUCAUCAGGAUAUUCGCAGACUCACCAACGAGCUGGACGCUGCCAAAUUAAACCACCUGGACCAAAGUGGAUCUGAGCUUCAAGGAGCAGUCCAAGAGGUAGAGAACUUGAGGAAGGAAGUGGACAAACUGAAACACUGUGAUAUGAUGAAGCUGCAGCGAGCCAAAGAGCAAAAUGACACACUAGACAGUGAGAACAGAGCUCUGAGGCAGAGAGUCCACACUCUGGAGUCCAAAAGGAAAAAACUCCUGGACCAGUUGGAAAUAAAUGAUGCCGACCACGGCGUUGUGACCAAGGAGGAUCAAAAGGACAAAUGCAUUAGCAGCGGACAACGAAACAAUUUGUCUGGCCCUUCCACCCAAGACAAGGAUCACAUUCAUAAACGGUGUCAUGAGGCGGUAGAAGACGGACUUGUACAGAUGAGGGAGCUGCAACGGCAACUCCGGAGGCUACGCAAGGAACUGGAUGAUCUGGAGGAGAGGAAUGAGGAGCUGGAGGCUCUGCUGGGGGAGGCCCAGAAUGCCAGCAAGUUGGAGAGACAUCGCCACGAGGGAGAACUAGAGGGACUACGUAGGAGGAUUAAUGGUCUGGAGGCCGAGUUAAAGCAGCAGGAGGUCCAUGAAAGAAUGUCAAAGAACGGCGAAGACCUCAAAACCACUGAGUCGCACAUACAGCUGCUCCUAAGAGACAGCCGCCAGGAGAGGUUGGCUCUUCUAGAGGCUCGUCUGACUGAGGAGAAAGACUGGAGGAAACAGCUGGAGGUGGACCUCAGCGCUGCCCAGGCCGCCCUCAAAAAAGACAAGGAGGCUUUGCAGAUAGGUGAGCGAGAACUGAAGAAGCUGAGACUUGAGGUCAACAGCAUUCAGACAGAAUGCCAACAAGGGAAAACACUCAUCAAGAGCCUAACCCAAGUCAAAGGGGAAAAAGCAAUUCUGGAGGAAAAGGUGGCCCAGAUGGAGCGUUCCCACACCCGACUGGAGAACGAGUUGAAGCGCUACAAAGAGAGCGACCGAACCCGGGAGGACCAGAGGGAAAACGGGCUUCAGGUUGACCAGCUGCAGGAGCAUGCUGCCCGGCUAACCGCUGAGCUCAGCCGCCUCCAGACGACACACAAUGCCUUCAGGGAGGAGAUGGUUUCCGAGCGGCUGCGGGCCACCGAGCUGCAGGCCCAGCUGAGCUCUAGUGUCCAGGAGAAGCUGACCGCUGAGGGGCAGAGAGAGAGACUGGAGCUUGAGAUACAGCACCUCAAAGAGCAGCUCAAGUGGCAUCAAGAGCAACUCUCCUCAACAAAGGAAGCACUUACCAGCAGCCAGAAGCCUGAUCAGCCCACGGCUCAUAUGGAAUCUAGGCUUAGUUUAGUGGAAAGGACAAAGGAGGAGUUGCUAGAUGAGCUUUCCUGUGUGAAGCAGGAGCGUAAUCAUCUGCAGACCAAGCUGGGGGAGGAGCGGCAGCUGGCCUUUCAGCACCAACUGGCACUGCAGGCUCAGGUCACUGAAGCCCAGGCCCACGUCAAGUCCCAGGACUCGGUGCUGAGCCAGAAGGCAGAGGAGGCUAAGCAGAUGAAGCAGGACCUACAGAGGGUCCAGAGCCUGUUUACCUCCGCAGAGCGGGAGCUGCGCUACGAGAAGGAGAAAAACAUGGACCAGAAGAGACAUAACGCCCUGCUGGACCAGGAAAAACUCAAACUUUGUGCGGACCUGAAGCAGGUCCACACCAAGCUGGCCCAGGUGGAGCAGAGCCUCCACGCUGAGGCUGCCGAGUGUGAACGCCAGCAGCAGAAGAUCAGGGAACUGGAGUUGGAACUGGCGCGCACGUCCACAAGCCGCACCACCACUAGCACCCUGCAGGAGGACCUGCAGGCCGAGAGGGUGCAGCUCAUUGCUGCUGACAAGAAGGUGUUGGAUCUGCAGCUGCAGCUUAAGAGUGCCCAGCACCAGCUGCGCAUGGAGGAAGCCCGGGCCGGGGAGAGCAGCCGUCUGGAGAGGGACAGCAGGGAUCUGUCUGACUCCUUGUCGGCUCUGAGAGCCCAGCAGCAGGAGGAGCACAUCACAAGGAAGCUGCUGGAGCAGCGUGAGGAGGAGCUGCAGCAGCAGGUGCGCGCCAUGAGACUCAAAGAGGCCUCCAUGACGAGGACUAAUGCAGAGCUCAGCCACCGUGCCCAGCAGCUGGACACCCGCCUGCCCAUCCUGGAGGCUGAGCUCUGCAAGGCCAGAGAGGAGGCAAGAGACAGCCAGAAGUCAAACCACAGACUGCAGGAGGACUUGAUGGCGAGUCAGCUGGAAUGUGACCGAUUUCAGGGGGAGCUCCAGCUUGUUCUCCUCCAACUGGACGCACACGUCAGAAAGUACAACGAAAAGCAGAGUCAGCAUAAGAUCAGGCUGCGUCAAGCCAAGCAGGUCUACCUCAGGGAGACUGCCCACAGGGAUCACAUGAUCCAGCAUCUGGAAAACGACCUGGUGAUGGCCUCUAACCUCUCUCAAAAGGAGAAGGAAACGAUCCAUACUGUGACGGAAGAAAAUGAGAAGCUUUUGGAGGAGAAAAGGGAAUUGUUGCGAAAAAUAAGUGAGGCAGAGGAAAUGGGCAGCAAAGGCAUGAGGACCGCCUCCACUGUCCAACACAGGGUCAGCGUCUUGGAAGUGGAAAACCGGCAACUUCAGGAUCAAAUCCUGAAGCUCUCCAACCAAGUCAGUUCCUUGGAGCGUGCCCUGAGGAACGUCCACUCGUUCUGCGGCCUGGAGAAUGCCAAGAAAGGGCUCCCUUCUGAUAGUCUCUGCGAUGGCUUCCUGCACACAUCCACGCUGAGUCUGGCGUCUGGUUUGUGUGAUCCACUCAACAUCCAUGACGCAAUCUGCCGCGAGAAGGUGUCCGAGCGCGCGUCUGUCUCCGCACACCAGCCGUCGGAGCAGGGCUACCUGAAUCUCACCUCGCCUUCACUUCUCCCAGACACCAAAGGCUCAAAUUUGAGCUCUUUUAACAGUGACCAGGUAUGAGAGGCGGCGGCCUAUUGCGACUUCGCCACAGCAAGCUCUCCAAGAGCGAGGAUGCGUGCUAGAAGUCGAUGGUUGUACUAAGGCAGAAGUUCAAAUAAAGGAGUGUAAGUAUCUUGAAUGGUAAAUAAUCCUUGUUUUUAGGCAGUAAUAAUGAAACGGGAGCUUCCAAUGGAGUUCUGCUCAGGGUUAUAUCUUUUUGUUUUGGUAAGCGGACUUUCAAUUAUUAUGACAAAGGACAGUGAGGUGAGAUUUGAAAUGGAAGCUAAAUACGCGGCACAUCCCUGUUUGUGUGGAUGUGCGACUGGUCGGUUGUUUGCAUCGACCAAAGACAAUCAGAAUGCUUGAAAGCCUUGUUUUAGCCUACGAGAAAGAUUAUCACAUUUUUUUAAUAAAAUGGCACAAGACAAUGUACUUCACACUAGCAGUGAAUUUCAAACAUUUCAUGAGGAAAAUUAGAGUGAGGCUAGUUUUAAAGCGAGCACUUUAUAAGUUUAACUUGUUUGACAUUUUGGGAAAAUGUAGCACGUCAAUUGUACGUAAUUCUUUCUGAAAUCCUGCAGGAUUUUCAGUGGUAAAAAAACGCCUCUGUGUGGUUUUAAUGUGUCAAAGAUCUUAGCAUUUUUACUCUUAUAAUACGGUAUAUAACGUGAUAUUGGGGACCCACUUGCCUAUUGGAUGUGAUGUGUAGCCACUCCAGUAUUUCAAAUUUGUUUACUUUUUAAAAACCGCCUUAAUGUCAGGAAGAAAAAAAACAUUGGUCAACCGAGAGUUUUUAGAUAGUUUCAUUCAGAAAGCACUUGAACCAUUUUACAAAGGAAUCUAUGUAACAUGGUAAUUAAACACAUACAAAUGAUUACAAUUUUGUGUAAUAUUGUUGAAAGCAUUUUUCUAUUUUGUCUACAAUGUGCCUGAAAUAAUGAACUUUAUCUACUGCUGCCUAAACACGUCAAAGCCUUUUUGCUACAGACCUCGAAACGACAAGAAUCUUUCACUCGUUGCAUCCCUGUAAAUACAUUUUUAAAUA